CUUGGUUGCCUGUCUCGUGCACGUCACAGCCAAUCACCUUCUACUAUUGCAGCUUUGAACCGCCUCCAUUUGCAGUUUUGAGAGAAUUCUUUUGAAGCGGAAAAUUAAAGGUUGGACGGAGUGAGGAGCGAAGAGGGCGGGAAGACCAACCAUACCAACCAUUCGCUGUCCAGGGCCAAAGCCAACAACACCUGAGCAGAACUUGCAGUUGGCCACCACGCCAUCGAAUCAGCCAGAAUGGAGUCUUUGAAGAGGACAGAAUACUACUACGCAAAAGAGAAUGUUCUGCAAAAUGUUGCCGUCUGGGAGUUUCCAAAAGACAAGGACAAGGCGGCACAACCCGCGCCAGGGACGACCAAGUGGCUCAUAUUCAUCCAUGGCGGGGCCUGGCGCGACCCGAGAUCCACCUUCAGCGAGGCAGAGCCGACCAUCAAUGCCCUGCUAGACCCUGCCUCCAAGUGGCACAUGCCCGACGCCCCCUCCCGCAUCGCCGGCUUUGCAUCCCUCAACUACCGCCUCUCGCCCCACCCGGACUUUGCUCAGGACACAGGCACGACGCCCUCAUUCGCAGCUCGUACCGCCCGCCACCCGGACCACCUGGACGACGUGGUGUCGGGGCUGGGAUUCCUGCAGCGGCAGUUUGGCUUUGGCGGCGACUACGUGCUGUUCGGGCACUCUGCCGGCGCGUUCUUGGCGUACCAGGCGCUGCUGGGGCCGGCUCUUUGCUCGCAGCCGGGGCCAGGCGGGGAUUUCGCGCUCCCCGCUGCGGUCGUAGGGUUCGAGGGUAUCUACGACCUGGUCGGGCUCGACGGGCGCAUGGGCGGCGGGUACGCAAGCUUCAUCGAGGCGGCGUUUGGGCGGGAUCGGGAUGGGUGGCGGGACGCGAGCCCCGCGACGGCGGCGGGGAGCUUUGGGGAGUGGGCAGGGCAGGAGGGCCCCCGGCUGGCCGUGCUGGCUCACUCGGCUGAUGACGAGCUGGUGGAUAUGCCUGAGCUGGGGACCAUGGAGGAGAGACUGAGGAGCGAUGGGGUGCGGGACCUGUUGGUGUUUCGGGACCUGAAGGGGGGCCACAUGAAUGUUGUGAGUGAUGGGAGCUUUGCGAGGGUGUUGGUAAGGACUCUGGAUGAGUUGGCAAGGUUGAAGGGCCAAUAGGAGGAGACCUAGAAGCAUCUGGACGUUCUCAUCCUCAGGGUGGCUUUUGCUGAGUGGGUGUUGAUCGUGAGCAUGUAGGAACGGUGUAAGUUGUGGCCCAUGAGCGAGCGGUGUGGGCGGUGGGGCUCAUGUCGUCACGGUAGGAAUGCCACGGAGGGGAAGCGAUGCUCUCAAUAGGAGUUCUGCUCGAUCAAUCCUCCGACGAAGCCCUGGAGGGCUUGCCAGUCUACACCAGCAACAGGCUAUAGGGUGGUACCAAUUUAGAAAGCUGAGUAUGCCC